GGUAGGGUUGAUAUCGCACGCGUGUAAGCACCGAUCAGGUCCCGGCGCACACGCAGACCAAAUCUUAUCUCAUAGGGUCUGGAAGAGGCGACAGAAAGCUCACCGCUGAAGUUGUCGGUCGUGUGGAUCUUCUCCAUUGUCUCCUCUCGUCGAGCGUGCUGGGUUCCUUUGAAGCUGCUUCAUUCGACACUCAUUGGCUAGUUUCUUGUUUCCGGAUGGAGGCAGUACUUCUAUCUCGCACACCGUCUCUCAGACGAGGCGGCCCGCUUCCCCGCCUCUGGAUUGACUCUUCGUUGUCCACAUAUCAGGACUUUCCGUCGUCCAGCUUGCCUUCCACACGUGUCAACGACACAACGUCUAUAACAGACCCAUCCUCAGGCGUGGACACCUUCUACGUCCUAUGCUUGUAUGACUUUGAAGCUCAGGAUGCAGGCCAGCUGUCUUUCCGGAAGGACGAAGUGUUGGAUGUCAUCAAGGUUGAAGAAAGUGGUUGGUGGGCAGCCGUGCGUCCAGGCGAGAGUCAAGCAGGAUGGAUACCCAAGACGUUCGUCGAGCCCAUCUCUGAGAGCGUGGCUGCUAAGCUCCGGGAGGUGAAGGCAGAUCCGCCAGUGCAUGACGCCACCGCGGCGACCGUAUCGCACGAUCAACUAGAUUUUAGUCCAGAGGUUCCAUUGUUUCCUACCACACCUGACGGCGAGAAGCCUGGCCAUAUGUGGGUGCCGUUAUUGGAUGGCGAUCAGGCGCCGGUCAUCAGCCUCUUCGCUGAGUCUGAUUCCAAGACAAUGCUCACCUCAAUCUACAGUCCGAUCGUUCCACCUCACGAAGGGGUCGAUGGAUAUCAUCUAGAUAUGGAGUUCACGGUCUCACCCAUCAACGAAACCAUCCCUGAGCUGGAGCGAAGUUCACUCUCCCCAAUAAAAGAACUACAUCCACCGCUUCCAGCGAUGGACUUCCAAGCCUCCACCAAGGCGAAGCCGACCUUUCAGAAACAGAGGCACUCAUCUCCUUCACAGGCGACGAUCGCAGAUAUGACUUUAGCUGAUCACACAAGGAGCUAUUCAGAUCCCAUCAGCUCGGCUAAUAGCCGCCACCUUCGUCGGCGUCCAGUCUUAAUUGAGGAUCGCUCCUCCCUCAGGCGGCUAUCUACUCUUUUCGAAUCGACCAGUCCCGAAGAACUGGACCAUAUUCUGAGCAGUCCUGACAAGCCUGUGAUCAUAAACCCUCUGUCUGCUACACCUCUGGAUUCGUCGCUUCCUCGAAAGUGCAGUGAUCUCGAACGAAUCUCUGAGGGCAAGGAGGAGCCGAGACAGCCAGAACAGCACCAUGCCGGAUCUCAUCACAAGCUAAAGCUGUGGAAAGACAACAAUGAAGUGGCGGUUCAUGAAGACAGCAGCAUCACAGCCGGAACGUUUCGGGCUUUGCUAGAAUGUCUAUCUGCCGAUGUGCUUGACGCAGAUGUGCACAGACGAUUUUGCCGGGUCUUCUUCAUGACCAUCAAGACCUUCGCUACCCCGGACGAAGUGUUCAUAUUCCUGCUGAGUCGCUUCUAUAUGGGCCAGCCAUCGAUCGCGAACGAGGAGGAGUUGACGCACUGGCGAGAGACGGUGCUUGAGCCGACGCAGAGACGGGUCUUGUCCGUUAUCCAGUUGUGGUCCGAUGGACACGAGACGAUCCGAGACGAUCCGCACAUCGUACGACGAGUUAUCGAUUUCUUGAGCUCUGUCCCAUCUCGGUACUCGGCUACUGCACGAGGAAUGAUCUUGUCUCUACAGCGUUUCAUCUACCCAGCACGCGGGUGCCACUCAAUCAAGGCUGCGAUAAAGUUCAAGCAUUACAAAGAUAAUUCCGAUUUCAUACGCAUGCACCCUGCUGCUGUGGCUGCACAGCUAUCCAUAUAUGUGCACGGGCUGUACACCAAAAUUCGUCCACAGGAAUGCCUCGCCCUGACAAUUCGGAAGAUAUCUAAUCAUCCUUCAUUCCUUGAUGCUUUCCGGACAGUCCACGACAAAUUGUCAGCAUGGGUGAAAGAUGCUAUCCUCGAUGCAACAACAUCCAAGAAAGCAGCCGAUGCUUUGCAUUUCUGGCUGCAAGUUUUGGAGGAGUGCAAGUUGCUGAACAAUUUCUCCUCGAUGUCUGCUGUAGCUGCUGGGCUCUACGACCCAGCAAUAUCUUCAAUGCAAUCCACAUGGGCGCAAGUACCGCGAGAUGCGCAUCUAAAUGCUCUCGAAGCAUUCAAGGCUCUCGCUGCAGAUUUCGCUGCGUACCAACGUUUCCAGGACUCCAUCAACGAGCCUUGCGUACCCCACGUGGAGCUAUAUCUCAAGAAGAUUUCCAGAAUUCACUCAGCCUAUCCUGACAACGUGUUGUCGCCCGACGGAAGGACAUCUUUCAUCAAUUUCGCGAAGCGCGAGAAGUUACACGGUACUGUGCAUGCCAUGAUGCGCUACCAAACGUGUUCGUAUCCUUUCGCCGACGACGCCUUUGCCAUGGAAUGUAUCGAAAUGCGGCUAGGGAGAUCAUGAUGCGAGACGAGCUUGCCUAAACUCCGAAUUCUCACGACUUGGGGCGGGUCGGAGAGGCGGGGUAUUGCAGAAGAGGAGUGGCUCUACUCUGGACUGUGUGUGU